AUGGAUGAAGGCAGUACCAGUCAACCCUCUGAAAACAGUAAGAUAGACAGCUCAAAAGAAGCUGCUCUUUUGGCCCUGAUGGACAGGACAGGCUACAGCAUGGUUCAGGAAAAUGGACAGAGAAAAUUUGGUGGUCCACCUCCAGGUUGGGAGGGCACCCCUCCUCCACGGGGUUGUGAGGUGUUUGUGGGUAAGAUCCCAAGAGACAUGUAUGAAGAUGAGCUGGUGCCUGUCUUUGAGCGGGCUGGUCUCAUCUACGAGUUUCGUCUGAUGAUGGAGUUCAGUGGGGAGAACCGCGGUUAUGCCUUCGUCAUGUACACCACCCGCGAAGCAGCCCAGCGAGCCAUCCAGCUCCUUGACAACUAUGAAAUCCGCCCAGGAAAGUUCAUAGGAGUGUGUGUGAGUCUAGACAACUGCCGCCUUUUUAUCGGCUCCAUUCCCAAAGACAAGAAAAAGGAGGAGAUCCAAGAAGAGAUGAUGAAGGUGACUGAAGGUGUGGUGGAUGUAAUUGUGUACCCCAGUGCAUUGGACAGGACGAGGAACCGUGGCUUUGCUUUUGUUGAGUAUGAAUCUCACAAGGCAGCUGCCAUGGCUCGCAGGAAACUCAUACCAGGAACGUUUCAGUUGUGGGGUCACACCAUCCAGGUUGACUGGGCAGAACCAGAAAAGGAGUUAGAUGAGGAAACCAUGUUGCGAGUGCGGGUCCUCUAUGUGCGUAACCUCAUGCUUAGCACCACAGAGGAGACACUUCGCUCUGAGUUCUCGUGCCUGAAGCCUGGCUCUGUGGAACGUGUAAAGAAGCUGACAGACUAUGCCUUCAUUCAUUUCUAUAACAGAGAGGAUGCCUUAACUGCGCUUGAAUCCAUGAAUGGGAAAGUUAUUGAUGGUUCACCCAUUGAGGUGACUCUUGCCAAGCCUGUCAGCAAAGACACGAGCAGACGAUCUGGACCACGGAGUAGCUACAAUGGAACUGCAUCAGGUGGAAACUGUGCUGAUUCCAACCUCCUGUACCACAGUAAAGAUGACGUGGCCAUUGGGUUGAGAAGUGGAGCAAUAGGUGAUGGGAUAGCUGCACAGCACCUCAGCCUGCCACCUCUCUUAGGCAGCCCUUAUGCAGUGGAUUCAGAUCGCUGUGUCUAUCCAUUCCUACCAGGGUCCACUUUGAUCCCAGUGAGCUUGAGCUCCCUGAAGCCCAGCCAGCUGUGCUCAGCUGUAUCAUUGCUGGAUUACUACUGCCACAAAAAUGACUGGUCUCCGCCAGAGUAUCACCUCUACUCCCUAUUAGGACAAGAGGGAAAAACACUGCUCAUCUAUAAAGUAGUCAUCGGCAGCACCAGAAGCAGCUACAUGCCUGAUAAAGUCUGCACUAUACUGGAGGAUGCCAAGGAGCUUGCUGCUCAGAAUGCACUCUGGAACCUGGAUUGCUCAGUGAGUUGCCCUGCCUCUCCGGUGAAUCUCUCUCCUCCUGCUCCUUCUGGCUCAGGCUUCCUGUCCUUUGGCUGUAGGUCCCUGCCUUACCCGGCAUACCCCAUAGCCUCCAUCUCACCUCCUCUGCCCAUAUCUUGCUCCUCUGCCCAGAGACUUUUUAUCCCCAACCAGUCAUCCUAUCUAUAGUCAAGUCAUACAGUGCCUGAGAAGUUUUUUUUUUUGUCUCUGAAUAUCAUUUAUAUGUUCAUAUAAGUUACGUUUUUAGAGUUUUGC